AUGAGUAGUCAGAGACCAAAAGCGUAUAAAGUGAUACUUCAAGAUGCGAAUGGAGUGUUUCGCAAGGUAGGGCUAACAAAUAACCCAAUGAACGAAGUAAUCUUGUCAGCUGGAGCCAUGGGCAGCCCGCAUCUGCUGAUGCUGAGGGGUGUAGGUCCUAUGCCCCAUCUUGUGGCUCACGGCAUUAAACCGGUGGUCUUAGAUCAUCCAAUGAUUGGGCAAGGGAUGGGUGAUAAUCCCAUGAAUCCUGUCAUCAUUCCUUCUCCUACGCCUGUCGAAACGUCCACCAUACAAUCUGUUGGGAUCACAAAAUUUGAUAGUUACAUCGAAGGUGGAAGUAACGUGAGUCUCUCUUAUGAUUUGACCCGUAGGUUUUUCGAUGGCGUUUUGAAUCUCCUCAACGAGACAAGCCAUACUGCAUCUACGAAAUUUUUUACCCAAUCCAUUGCGGACUUUUUAAAAUCAUUGGAUAUUGGAUUUAAAGUGAUGGGAUGGUCCAAAAAGUUGCUGGACCGGCUUCAAGAGGUCACAUGGAGUUUCGGAACACGAAUCCAAACGAUAAUCCUUCGAGAUUUGAAUGCCUUCUCUAAGUACAAAUAUCCUGGUGUGACCGCACGUGAGCUGCUUAAUGUCAUGUUGGGCCUUCCCACUAAUUUGAGACCGAGGCACGUGACAUCAACGUUCAACUUGAAGCAGUAUUGUAUCGACACUGUGAUGAGUAUUUGGCAUUACCAUGGUGGUUGUCAAGUUGGAAGCGCGGUUGACAAGAAUUACAAAGUUUUAGGCAUUGAUGCUUUGAGGGUUAUCGAUGGUUCCACGUUUCUCAAGUCUCCUGGAACUAAUCCUCAAGCUACGGUUAUGAUGCUUGGAAGGUACAUGGGACAGAAGAUUCUUCAAGAGAGAGCUGUUUUCCACCAAAAUUAG